AUGGCUAAGAGAGACCGGCACGGGGUGAAUAUCCCCGGCGCUUUGAUGGAUCAGAUCCGCGAAAGUGGCCAAUACGAUAACGAUGAGCGCUUCAAACGACAAAAGCGGAAGGUUAGCCGAAAGGAGCGACGGAAGGAGCAAAGAGAACAGAAGAAGAGAAGGCGAGGGGGAGACAAGGAGGAAAGGGCAGUAAUGGAUAGAUUGAAGAAAGCCAAAGGUGCCAGCGAUACCAAAAAGGUAAGUGAGAAGCACAAGAAAAAUAGUAUGCUCAAAAUCGUGAAGGAAGAAGAGCUGGAAGCGGACGAUAGCGACCUCAACGAAAGUGAAGAGACAGAGUAUGAAGAGUUCACGGGGUUUGACGACGAGGAAGCAAAUGAGGAAGGGGAGACAGCCAAUGAUAGUGAUGACUCGCUUGACGACGAACAGAAAGAUGUGAUGGCCCAGCUGAUGAAGUUGAAGGGAGCCAAAAAGGGCAGCGACGUGAAAAUAGUCAAGGAGGACGAGCUUCAAGACGAGAUCGACGAACUGGAGGGAGAAACUUCCAACGACGAGGAAUUUGACGAGUCAGAUAAUGAGAUGCACACAAAUGCAGAGGUAUCUUCCGAUGAACUGACGUUCCCCAAAGCUUUUGAUCAAGCUGACGACGAUCUUGAAUACUACGCAAAGAAACUCGGUAUCAAGAAAACGAGUAAACUUAAAAAGACUGACGAGCACGACAUCAUCGGUGGACUUCUAGACGGCCUGGACUUUGAUGGUUCAGGGUCUGAGGAGGAGGACUCUACCACAGAAUCUCUGGACGAAGAGGACAGAGAGCUGUUGAAGGAGAUGGGCGAAUUGGAAACAUCCGAAAGCGAGUCUGACACAGAUGCUGGACCCUCUGUGCGCGAAAAUCCGUAUGUUGCUCCAGUCCCUGCGGGAAAGUAUAUUCCUCCAGCCCUGCGUCGCAAGAUGCUUGAAAAUGACGACAAUGAAGAGAUGCGAACAAUCAUUCGUUCUGUCAAAGGUCCGCUCAACAAACUGUCUGAGCCGAAUCUUCUGACAGUCGUGAACGACCUGAACGCACUGUACAUGGAAAACGCGCGCCAAGUCGUCAACGAAGCUAUACUCAAAGUGGUUUUCCAAUCUGUGCUGGUAUCGACGCCGAUGCUCGAUAGCUUUCUUGUUCUCUAUGCCACAGUCAUCGUUGCGCUUUACCGCUUGCAAGGAGUGGAAUUCGGUGCGUAUGCCAUCCAGACUUUGGUGGAAAAGCUUUGCGAGUAUAUCAAAACAGAAAGCUCCAAUAAGGAGGCAUCGAACUUGAUCGCGCUGAUUGCGUUUUGCUACGAGUUGAAUCUGCUUUCUUCCCGAUUGAUAUAUGACGUGAUUGGACAGAAGUUGUUGGACAGUCCUACGGAAUUCAAGACCGAGCUCUUGCUAAAGGUGAUCAGGUGCUGCGGUGCAAAGCUCCGCUCAGAUGACCCUAGCUCGCUGAAGGAAAUCGUUCUUACUCUAAACAAGAACGUUGGCUCGGAUAUGAGCACCAGGUCCAAGUUUCUGGUCGAAACUGUUUCCAACUUAAAGAACAACAAGCUCAAGCAUCUUGAGAACGAAGCAACUACUGGCCUAGUAACUAGACUGAAAAAACAGCUCGGAAGAAUCAGGAGUGCCGAUCCCAUCAACAUCAAAGUGACUCUGAGCGAUAUAGAAAACAUCAACGAAAAGGGUAAAUGGUGGCUUGUUGGGUCUGCUUGGAAAGGAGAAGAGAAAAAGGUCGAAGAGUCUACGAAGUCUGUGACCGAUGCGCUGGAUAAGUCUGAACCAAACUGGCUGGAGCUGGCUAAACAGCAGAGAAUGAACACGGACAUCAGGCGUGCCAUUUUCAUUUCCAUUAUGUCUGCUAGUGAUUACAUGGAUGCGUACGUCAAGCUAGAGAAGUUACGGCUGAAAAAGACACAACAACGUGAAAUUCCUAAAAUUUUGAUGCAUUGUGCCUCGAUUGAGACCAUUUUCAAUCCAUACUACGCUUUUCUCGCCAGAAAGCUUUGCGAAGACCACGCCAUGAGAAAGACGUUCCAGUUCAACUUAUGGGACUUGCUCAAAGAGCUGGAAGGAGAAGAGCACGAAGGAUUCGAAGACACUGAAGAUGAAGAUGAAAAACUGAAGAAAACAUUGAACCUUGGAAGACUGUUCGGCACUCUUGUUGGCGAAGGGUCUUUGCCGCUGAAUGUCUUGCGAACUGUCAACUUCCUCACGGCUAGUGAAGAUACGAAAUUAUUUGUGGAGAUAUUUAUGAUUAGUUUCUUUGACAGCGUUGGCAAGUUGUCCGAGCAGAAAAUGUUUGGUGCCGGAGACAAAAAGCACAAGACAGAGGACAUGAGAUACAACGACAAAACAAUGGUGGAACGGAUCAAUAAAUGCAAGGAACAACCUACGUUACUCAAAGGGUUGCAGUACUUUUUACAACAUAAAGUUAGAGAUAGCAGCUUCAUUAAAGGAAAAAAGCAGCGGUCAAGAGUUCAUUGGGGAGUCGACUCCCUGUGCGAUAUCGUUGGAGAAUUUCUCGCCUAA